UCUGUACCCUCUCGCUCUCUCUUCUAUGUUCUCUGUUCUCUCUUUCUCUCUCUUCUCUGUUCUCUGUUCUCUCUUUCUCUCUCUUCUGUCUUCUCUCUUUCUCUCUCUCUCUAUCCAACGCUUCGGUAUAAAAACUGUGCUACCUUUUUGCUUUUUUCAUGUCAUGGUGCUGGGUUCUUCUCUGACUGCUUUUGCUUGCGGCAGAUAUUUGUCUGCCUUCCGUGGGAGUUUGGUUCUAGUCCAGGAGCUGAUGGGCUGCAGGUGAAGCCUAAAGGCUGAAAAAAGGUACUUGUACUCUUGAAGUCCUAUAGAGUGCCACUAUAGCUUCUGGAAAUUUAUUCGUUUGCAGUCAUGGGAUUAUGCUGCAUUUUCCCCUACUUUUGGGUAUUGAAUGGUGCUAUAUCUAGUUUUUCACUUGAAGAUUGUAUCUAGCAAAAAAAUUGGAGUGAAUUUCAGUCAUUUUGGAGGAUUUGACAGGAUCUUUUCAGGAUAUCAAAUUAGUAAAAUGGCUUCAAGAUCAUACUCAAAUCUCCUGGACCUCACAUCUGGGGAUUCUCCGGCAUUCGGCCAAGUGGGGAAGAGGCUUAUUCGAGUGAUGACUGUUGCUGGCAUUAUAUCGGAUUUGGAAGAUGAGAACAACAACAGUGUGAAUUCGGACUCCUCCUCCUCUGUUUCACAAGAUCGGAUGAUCAUUGUGGGCAAUCAGCUUCCCAUUCGAGCUCAUAGACGGUCAGAAGGCGAAGGUUGGGAUUUCAGUUGGGAUGAGGAUUCAUUGCUCCUACAGCUAAAAGAUGGGCUAGGUGAGGAUGUUGAAGUGAUCUAUAUAGGAUGUUUGAAAGAGGAGGUUGAUCCUUGUGAGCAGGAUGAUGUUGCUCAAACUCUGCUUGAGGUAUUCAAAUGUGUACCUGCAUUCCUUCCACGCGAUUUGUUUGAUAGAUUCUACCAUGGUUUCUGCAAGCAGCAACUAUGGCCUCUGUUUCAUUACAUGUUGCCCCUAUCUCCAGAUUUAGGCAGCAGGUUCGACCGAUCCUUUUGGCAGGCUUAUGUUUCAGUUAACAAGAUUUUUGCGGACAAAGUAAUGGAAGUGAUUAACCCAGAUGAUGACUUCGUGUGGGUACAUGACUACCAUUUGAUGGUAUUGCCAACUUUUCUGAGGAAGAGGUUCAAUAGGGUGAAGCUUGGAUUCUUUCUGCACAGCCCUUUCCCUUCUUCUGAAAUUUAUAGGACUCUUCCCGUUCGAGAUGAGCUGCUUCGUGCUCUCCUGAAUUCAGAUCUGAUCGGAUUUCACACGUUUGAUUACGCUAGACAUUUUCUUUCUUGUUGCAGCCGAAUGCUUGGUCUGAGCUAUCAAUCAAAGAGGGGUUAUAUCGGGCUUGAGUAUUAUGGACGCACUGUCAGCAUUAAAAUUCUUCCAGUUGGAAUUCAUAUGGGCCAGCUUCAGUCUGUCCUGGAUCUUCCAGAGACUGAAGCUAGAGUUGGUGAGCUCAAACAGCAAUUUAAGGACAGAACUGUGUUGCUUGGAGUGGAUGAUAUGGAUAUAUUCAAGGGGAUUAGUUUGAAACUGUUGGCGAUGGAGCAGCUGCUAUUUCAGCAUCCAGAAUGGAGCAGAAAGGUGGUACUAGUGCAGAUUGCAAAUCCAGCAAGAGGGCGAGGGAAAGAUGUGCAAGAAGUGCAGGCUGAAACCUAUUCCACAAUGAAACGCAUCAAUGAAAGAUUUGGAAAGCCUGAUUAUCAACCUGUGGUGUUAAUAGAUACCCCACUUCAGUUCUAUGAGAGGAUUGCGUAUUAUGUGAUUUCUGAGUGUUGUCUUGUAACUGCAGUUAGGGAUGGAAUGAAUCUUAUCCCAUACGAGUACAUUGUCUGCAGGCAAGGAAAUGAUAGGUUAGACCGGCAACUAGAAGUAAACUCAUCACUACCAAAGAAGAGCAUGCUGGUUGUUUCAGAGUUUAUCGGCUGUUCACCAUCUCUUAGUGGAGCAAUUCGAGUGAAUCCUUGGAACAUUGAUGCAGUGGCUGAGGCCAUGAAUUCUGCAAUUAUGAUGCAAGAGUCAGAAAAGCAGUUCCGUCAUGAGAAGCAUUAUAGGUAUGUAAGCAGCCAUGAUGUGGGCUAUUGGGCUCACAGCUUCCUGCAAGACUUAGAAAGGACAUGCAGGGAUCACAUAAGGAGGAGAUGUUGGGGUAUUGGUUUUGGUUUAGGAUUCAGGGUAAUAGCACUUGAUCCCAAUUUCAGGAAGCUCUCUGUGGAGCACAUUGUUUCAGCUUACAAGAGAACUAAGAAUAGGGCUAUCCUCUUGGAUUAUGAUGGAACGAUGAUGCCGCAGACAUCCAUCAGUAAAACGCCAAAUUCAGAGGCCAUUAGUAUAUUGAAUAGUUUGUGCAGAGAUCCAAAGAAUGUCGUCUUUCUUGUAAGUGCCAGGGACAAGCAGACACUUAGUGAAUGGUUUUCCCCUUGUGAGAACCUGGGAAUUGCUGCAGAGCAUGGCUAUUUUCUAAGGGUAAAGUAUGAUGCAGAAUGGGAAACUUGUGUUUCUGUUGCUGACUUUGAUUGGAAGCAAGUUGCAGAACCUGUGAUGAAGUUGUAUACUGGAACAACUGAUGGUUCCUCCAUUGAAGCCAAAGAAAGUGCCCUUGUCUGGCAUUAUCGAUAUGCUGACCCAGACUUUGGAGCUUGCCAGGCCAAAGAGCUUCUUGAUCAUCUUGAGAGUGUUCUUGCCAAUGAACCAGUCUCAGUGAAAAGCGGUCAGCAUAUUGUAGAAGUGAAACCACAGGGUGUCACUAAAGGUCUAGUUGCAGAGCGCCUGCUUUCUUUGAUGAAGCAGAAAGGCAAGUUGCCUGAUUUUGUUCUCUGCGUGGGAGAUGAUAGGUCUGAUGAAGAUAUGUUUGAGGUUAUCACGAGUGCCAUGGCUGGUCCUUCUCUGUCACCGAUAGCAGAGGUAUUUGCCUGCACAGUUGGUCAAAAGCCAAGUAAAGCAAAGUACUACCUAGACGACACUUCAGAGAUCAUCAGAAUGUUGCAGGGCCUUGCCACUGCAUCAGAGCUGGCAGCAAGGAACUCCAUUUCACAACUUUCAUUUGAAAGCCUCUGAUGAGGACACUUCCUCGGCCAUGGAUGCUCAUGCUUCUAGCUUUCCAUCACCACGUAUUGCAAUAACUUCUGAUCAGUUUGGAGAUUUGGAUAUAUAAUAACAUGCAAACCAAAAGGAACCUUGUCUGGUAGGAGUAGAGGUUGAUUCUAACAUUGUGACUACUACGCUUCUGUUCAUGCUGUAACUAGAAAAUUGCACUAUGUAGUGGUACUGCUUAUGUUGUCUAUAUGUGCAACGGUGGUUCCUCAAUUCAAAGAGUUACUGUUAAAAUUUUAUACUCCCCAAGAA